AUGGAUGAAGCAAUUGCCACUGUCGUCUCCGUCUGCGGAACGACCCCAGAGCUGGCCUCGCAAUAUGUACAGCUUGCCGACGGUGAUCCUAAUCAAGCAGUUCAGUUGUUUUUUGAAAAUGGCGGCGCCGACCUCGCAGGCAAUACCUCUCGUCCUCCUCCACCUCCACCACCAACAACUUCUUCCGACCCACGUAUGCCUGGCGGGCCCCUAAAUCCCAUCGAUGCCGACGCGGACGAUAAUAUUUCCGAUGACAAUGAUCCGGAAAUUACUGGUUUUCGGAAAAAUACUCUGAGAGACACUGCUUCUGGACCCCCGCGGGGUCUAGACUAUGAAGAUGAUGAGGCCAUGGCGCGGCGCUUACAAAAUGAAAUGUACGGAGAGGGUGCCAUGGACGAUAUUGUGCGGGCCCCCAUUGCCCGACAGGCAGAGACUUUGGUGGGAGCAGGGUCAACCAUCCCAGGCAUGAGGGAAGUGUCAUAUACCUCGUCCGUAGAAGAACGAAUGCGGGCCCUGGAGAGAAGGAGGCAACAAGCGCGGGCAGGAAUCUUCAACCAACACCAGCCGACCUCCAUUUGGGACCAAAAUGUGAGUGCCACCUCGAACGGUCCGGAUGUACUUGCAGAGUCUACUGGUGGAGCGUCAGAGGCUUCCGCGAGGUCGAAUCGACUUGCCAGACUCUUUCAACCUCCGUGGGAUCUGAUGUACAAGGGAGAUUGGGAAGCGGCAAGAGAUCAGGGCAAGGAGCACAAAAAGUGGCUACUGGUGGAUAUCCAGGAUCCUUCGAUCUUUGACUGCCAGGCAUUGAACCGUGAUAUAUGGAAGAACGAAGGGAUUGCGGAAACGGUCAGGGAGAAUUUCAUCUUUCUCCAAUACAACAGGGACGACCCGAGAGCCUCGCAAUACGUCCAAUAUUAUUUUCCCAACUAUGAGGUCCAGAAUGAAUACCCGCACGUCGCCAUCGUUGAUCCUCGAACGGGCGAACAAAUCAAACUUUGGUCGCGCAAAGUUCCCCCACCUCCUGAGUUUCUCAUGCAACUGCACGAAUUUUUGGAUCGAUACAGUCUUGAGAACAACGUCCGCAACCCAGUGGCCAAGAGGAAAUCCGAGGCCAAAAAGGAGAAGCCCAUCGAUCAGCUUACGGAGGAGGAAAUGCUGGAACGAGCGUUGCAAGCUAGUUUGGCGACUCAGAGUCACGAACACAAAUCGAAUCCGGCAGAAGAUCCGGAUGAUCUCACCCGGAGUGUUGGGGAUGUCCGAGGAACAGAAACACCAGAAGUUACAAGUGCAAUGGAUGUUGACCACAACGGCACUGACGAAGCAGCCCCAUCGACUGCAUUUACACAAAUCCCAUCUGAUCACCCUCAUCAAGAGCCACCUGCCGGGCAGGGAGUGACGCGAGUACAAAUCAGACAUCCCGGUGGACGCAUCGUUCGUCGAUUCGCAGAAAAAGAUCUUGUGCAACGAAUCUAUGAGUUUCUCAAGGCGGAACCACUUGAAGGUAGGGAAGGAAUGCCAUUCGAGCUCGUGUCAAUGGGCAAGAACCUCCUGGAUGUCCGGCAUGAGACGAUAGAAAGUGCAGGUCUGAAGAAUGGGACGGUCAUGGUGGAAUUUCUGGAGUAA